ACAAUUACUAUGAUUGUUGAAACACUGAAUAUAAAUGGGGUUUGCUUGCAAAAUCCGCGGGUGCGAAGCUAGUCGGUAAAUAUAAAUGUGAAAUCUUUUGUGUCGUUUUUCAGAAUCAAAAUUCAGGAUAAAUUUCAAACGACUGAUGGACCCCAUACUGACUGACAUUAAGAUUUCUUUCAAUUUUCACUUAUCUUUGCUCUUUUAUUUAUUCUGAUCAAUUAAUAGAUAAGACAAUUUAUAUGAUAAACAAGGGAAUUAGUUGUUGACUAUUUACGGAACCAGAGAUAAUGGAAAAAAUGAUUUUUUUUCAUAGGAAAUCCUUUUUAAACAAAUGUAAACGCACUUUUCCUGGAUGUUUCUCGUUAACGGAUGUUACAAUUCUCUCAAUUUUAUAAACCCAAACUUCCUUCAAAAUCUCGCAUCCAAUAUCUGUUUAGAUGCUGGAGGAAGCCAUUUUAAUAUCUGCUCAAGGAAGACCUUGUUUUACAAAAAGGUUAAAAAAAAAUGAAAUUCUCUCUGUUGAUAUUUUUAUUUUCUGCACUUCUACAAUAUGUUCAAGAGUGCAAAUUUAUAAAUUUUGGUGAAAAUUGCAAACUAUUUUUAAAACUUUCAUAUAAUGAUGAAAAUAAUACACAGCCUUGCCAAAAUGCCAGUAUCAUUUCAGCUUAUUUAUCAGCAGAGGAGAUUCCAGAAGACACUGUGAUACACAGUGAUGCGCAUUCUCUAGAUAUUGCAGACAGAAAUAUACACCUAUACCAAACAAAAUUAGUAUCUAAUAUUAUCAAAGUGCAAUAUACUUUGUGGUGUAACUUUUAUCAUAAAGAAUGGAUUUUUCAUUUGUUUAGAAAUAAUACAUCAUCAUUUGAUGUGCAAUGUGUGAAAGAUACAAGAUUGUCAGAAGAUGCUAGAAUGAUUAAUGACUCUGAUAACUGUUUUCAGCAAAUUUUAAAAAAUGUGUUUCAGUUUUUUCAACAAGAAAUUAAUUACAAAACAUUCAUAAUUGAUUCAAUAAAAGUUUACUGUGAUUUGAUUCAUAUAUUACAGAUUUCACCAUCAUCAAAAAAUAUUAAGAUUCUAUAUUUAUCAGAAAAUAAAAUCUCUGAAAUUCCAUGUGAAGCAUUUGCUUUUUUUUUAAAUUUGACUCAUCUAUAUUUAGGAAAAAAUGCAAUUCAUAAAAUUUGCAAUAUUUCUUUGCAUAAAUUAGUUGAAUUACAAGAAAUAGAUCUAUCUUUUAAUGUAUUAGAAUUCAUUCCAGAACAAUUAUUUCAAAAUAAUAGGCUGAUACACAGCAUUAAUUUAAGUUACAAUCUCAUCAAAGAACUUUCUUCUUCUUUGUUGUUUUUUGCUUCCAAUUUACAAGUGAUAGAUCUUAGUCAUAAUCAUUUAUCAUUUAUAAGUAAAGAGUUCUUUUCCAGGAUCCCACAAGUGAAAACAAUUAAUUUAAGUUUUAAUCAACUAAGAUUUUUGGAUGAGAAUUUGUUUUCUAACAAUCAUCAUUUAACUGUAAUAAAGUUAAACAAUAAUUAUUUGAACAAAUUUGAGUUUAAGAUGAUUUCUGAUCCACCUGAAAUAACAACAGAAGAAUUGUUUAAAGACAUUCCCUUGAAGAAAAGUGAGCAAAUGAAUAGUAUAGUUAAAAAUUACAUCAAGUAUAAAAAUACAACAAACUAUAACAACAUAACAAUAAAAAGUACAAGACUGACUCAUAUUGAUAUAAGUCAUAACAAAAUUGAACACAUUUCACAAGAUAUAUAUGAUUCAUCCAUCCUUUUGGAAUAUUUUGAUGCCAGUGAAAACCAAGGCUUGAAGGAGCUGAAAAGCUCACACUUGUUUCUUUUCUUGAAAGAAUUUCAUGUUUCAAAAUGUGAAAUUUUUCAUAUAGAUGAGAAUUUUUUUAAAAAAUCUAAUAAUUCCUCACAUAUUACUACUAUAAAUUUUGGAUGGAAUCAAUUGACUGUUAUUCAUUCAGGAAGCUUUUCAAAAUUAGUUUAUUUGAAAAAACUAUUGCUGAAUAAUAAUAAACUGACAUUUAUCAAUGCUAAAACAUUUUUAAAUUUAAAUGAAUUAAAACAUCUAGAUUUAUCUUAUAAUCAUCUAAAAAGCUUUCCAUUAAAUAUUUUAGCAUUGAAAUCUCUUCAGAUUCUGAAUCUUAGAGGAAAUGAAAUUGAAAAUUUUGAAAAUCCAGAACUUGUUCAGUUUCCACUGGAAAGUGCAUUAGAACUAUUGGAUCUUUCCAGAAAUUGUUUGACAAAGAAGAAACUUCUUAAAGGCAAACUUACUUUUGAUAAGUUUCCAAACUUGAAAUUUGUCAAUCUUCAAUAUAAUGCCCUUCAAGUGGUUCCUGAAUUACCAAUAAACAGAACAAAUUUUACAAUUCUUCUGGGAUAUAAUGCUAUAAAAAAUGUCAAUCUGCAUGGAGAAAGGGAUUAUAAACAAAAUCUCCAUUUUAGUCAUAAUUUUCAAAUUGAUUUAUGUCCUAAUCCAAUUGAAUUGAUCUGCAUAAAGACCUGCAUUCCUGCAUCUAACAUUGGCAGGAACUUCAAUAACAUAAAGAUAUCCUGCAAGAAAACUUACAAUGUCAUGUCCUGUCCAUUUGUCAAGAAAUGUUCCAAUAAAUUUUACAGAAAAGCAUUAUUUCUGGAAAAGUCAAGUCUUAAGCUAUACACUUUCAAAUGCCCAAUAACUAAAGACUGUCCUUCUGCUUGUACUUGUUUUAUAAAACUAAUUCAACAAAAAACAAUAGUGAAUUGUAGUCAUACAGGUUUGACAUCACUUCCUACAACAGUUCCAGAAAACACCAGUAUAUUAUAUUUCAGAAAUAAUUUGUUAAACAAUCUUAAAUCAUUUUUCACUUACAACUGGAUCAAUCUGAAAGAAUUAUAUUUAGAAAACAAUAAGAUAAGUUCUUUAGACAAAUGGCAACCAUCUGACAACUUGUCCAAAGUCUUUUUAAAUAAUAACAAGUUAACAAGAUUCAAUAUCAGUUUCAAUAAAAGUUCAUCACUAGAAAUGAAACUAGGUGGGAAUCCAUGGAUCUGUGACUGCUCUACUUUAUCUUUUAAAUCAAUACUACAAUCAUCAAACUUUGAUGUGAAUGACAUUCUUUGCCAAUCUUCAGGGAAGCCCAUUGUUGAUACUCCAGAUAUUCAUCUUUGCCAUUCAUUAAUAUCUAGUUACAGCUUUAUUGGUUUAGCUAUGGGAGCUUGCAUUUUAUGCAUUAUGUUUUUCAUAUGCAUUCUCUUUAUUUAUAAUAAAAAAGAAAUGUUUAUGGUCUACACUUUCAUUCAUUUUCCAAAAAUAUACUCUCUAGUUUGGACUGAAGAGAAUGAAGAGGAACAUAAACAAUUUGAUGCAUUUCUGUGCUACUGUUCCUCAGAUAGGGAUGUAAUGCUGAAAUUGAGCCAAGAACUGGAAGAGAAAGAACCAAAAUUUACUCUGUGUAUUCAUGAGCGAGAUUGGUUGGCAGGAAAUGAAAUCUUAUUUAACAUUACUAAUUCAGUGUCCAAUAGUAAAAGAAUAAUUAUCAUUCUAUCUGAAGACUUUUUACAAAGUAUAUGGUUUCCAGUGGAAUUUAACCAGGCUUACUAUCAAAUGCUAGAAGAUAAGGUGAAUCGAAUUAUUCUGAUUAUUAAAGAUAAUCUUCCACCAAUGGAAAAUUUAGACAGAAAAUUGCAGAUGUUAUUAAAAACAAAGACUUAUUUGAUUUGGAAUGAAAGAUGGUUUUGGGAAAAACUGAGACAUGCUCUUCCACAUAAGUCUAUCUAAUUCAAUAUUAAAACAAAGAUUAUUUUAAAGAAAAAAAUAUUAAAAUAUUCUUAGAUACAUGAAUAUAAUUUUAUUAACAAAUAUAAACUUGUCCUAUUCUUAUCUAUUAUUUAUAUGAGAAACCAGUUUAUGUUUAUAAGUAAGACAAUUGAAUGUUUGAUGUUCUAACUGUAAAAAAGUGUAAGUAAAAUUUACAAAUAAAGUAAAUGAAAUACAAUAACUUUCAUCAAGAAAAUAAAUUGUA